CCUACCCUGUAAAAUCUCUCUAGUCGUCAAAAAAUCUCUCUCUCUCUCCCUCUCUCGCAUCACGAUUUUCUUUUUCUGAAAAUAAUAUAAUAAAAAUGAAAAUCAACAAUCGCAAACUCAAGAAAUCAGAAACAUCGUCAUCUUCAAAGCUAGUUUUGGAAGAAAUUAUUGGAUUAACAACGAAGAAUGCUAACGGACUAGCUUCAAAUACAUCAACGGCAAGAUUUGCUUAUGUUGCAGGAUGUGUUGUGGUUGUUUACAAUGUGGAUUUAACUACUCAAUCGCAUCUCUUGGUGUCUCACAGACCGCCCAAACCCUUGACUUGUGUUGCCAUGUCACGUGAUGGCCGGUUCAUAGCUGCUGGAGAGUCUGGGAAUCAACCUGCAGUGUUAGUGUGGGACUGUUCGACCAUGAGUUUUGUAUCUGAACUGAAGGGUCAUCUUUAUGGAGUUGAAUGUAUUGCUUUCUCACCCAACGGAGAACAUGUUGUUUCGGUUGGAGGAUACAUAUAUCUUUGGGAUUGGAGAAGUGGGAUUUUGGUGACCAAGCUUAAAGCAAGUUCAUCUUGUUCUGCUGUUACAUCUGUGAGCUUCUCGUCCGAUGCGAAAUUCAUUGUAACUGCUGGAAAAAAGCACUUGAAAUUCUGGACAGUUGGAUCUUCUCCAGGGACUCGCUUAAGUAAUGGGACAGGAUCACUUGCAAUGCAUGGAAAACCUGUUAAUCUUGGACCUCAGAAAGGAAGUUCAUUCAUUUCUGUCACAUCUGCAAUCAGGAUGAAUAAUAGUCCUGCCACAGCUGAACAAGUUGGUGAUUUGUUUCCCAUUUAUGUGUUGACGGAUGAAGGUACUUUAUGCCUUGUGGAUUCUGGGCUGUCAGUAAGAAAGACGGUGGACUUAAAGGUAGAACAAGGCUAUGCACUAUCUGCAUCCGAUAAGCUCAUUGCUUGUGCUUGUUGUAAUGGAAUUGUAAAACUCUUUACUAGUGAGACACUCAAUCAUGCCGGAACUCUGCUAUAUUCAAAUGCCAAAAGUUUCCAGGGGGACACUAAUUUUAAUUUUCAGACGACAGAAGCUGAAAAGGAUUCUCAACUUGUGCCUGCUCUGCCUGAUGCAAUUGCUUGUCAAUUCUCUACCUCAGAAAAGUUGGUGGUUGUUUAUGGAGAUCAUACUCUCUAUAUAUGGAAUAUUCAUGAUAUGAAAGAGGCAACGAGGUGCUAUGCAUUAGUUUCACACUCUGCAUGCAUUUGGGAUGUCAAGAAUCUUUGUUGUGAAAACAUGCACGAUCCAUCUCUAGCAUGUGUUGCAAGAGGUUGUUCUGGUGGAGUUUCAUUUGCAACAUGCUCGGCAGAUGGUACUAUUAGGUUGUGGGAUCUUACUUUGCAAUCCAAUUUGGUAGAGGAUGAUGCAGAUCAUCAAUCCUUGAAGGCCAAACAAAUGGGCGGCACACGUUUAGUAAGUUCUGGGAUUUUGGAGCGAGACACUGCAGAGGCAGGAGUUGACACUCAAGGGUUUCGGUCAAUGGCUGCUAGUUCAGAUGGAAAGUACCUUGUUGCUGGUGAUUGCGAGGGAAAUCUUCACAUAUAUAACCUACUAACUUCUGAUUAUGCAUGUUUUCAGGGCAUUCAUGAUGCAGAGAUCCUCUCAUUGAGCUUCAGCUUGUCAAGCAAGAAACAUGUUAUUUCUGGAGAUGUGGUGGAUAGCAAUUGCUUCCUCGCAUCAGGGGGGCGAGAUCGAAUUAUCCAUCUUUAUGAUGUCGAAAGGAAUUUUGAUCUCAUUGGAAAUAUUGAUGACCAUUCAGCCGCCGUGACAUCUGUAAAACUCACUUUCCAUGGUCAUAAGAUUCUCAGUUGCAGUGCUGAUAGGUCACUGGUGUUCCGAGAUGUUUGUGUUGCGGAGAGCUGUUGUAAGAUCUCUCGACGUCAUCAUCAAAUGGCGUCUCAUGGAACCGUGUAUGACAUGGCUUUGGAUCCAGCAAUGGAGUUUGUUGUUACAGUUGGGCAGGAUAAGAAGAUAAACACAUUCGACAUUGCUUCUGGGAAGCUAACUAGAUCAUUCAAGCAGGAUAAAGAUUUUGGAGACCCAAUAAAGGUCUCAAUGGACCCAAGCUGCAGUUAUUUGGCAUGCUCCUACUCUAACAAGUCUUUGUGCAUGUAUGAUGCAAUCAGUGGAGAGUUGGUCACACGAGCUGUGGGACAUGGUGAAGUAAUAACUGGUGUGAUCUUUUUGCCUGACUGCAAGCAUGUGGUAUCUGUUGGGGGCGAUAGUUGUAUUUUUGUGUGGAAACUACCGAGUCGUAUGUCUUCCAGGAUGCUGCAGCGAAUGAAGGAAAAUGCUGUUCCCUUGUCCCCAAAAGACCUGGGCCCACCAUCUGCUUUUAAUCAAAUCGUGUUCUCUGAAGCAGAAGACCAGCAAUGCACAUACAAUGCUGAAAAAAUACUUUUGCCUGAAAACUCCAAUCAAUUUGGAGAAAAAAAGUUUUAUCAAGGAGAGCGGUCUCCACGGAUCUCAAUGUUUAGAUUUAGCAUUUCGAGACUUCCAAGAUGGGCACAAGCUAAAGUUGAAGGCUCUAAUAGUGUUUCAAAAAAUCCAGAUUUCACUUCAUUUCAGCAGCAACCAGAACUAAAAACUUGCCCUCCGGAUGUUGACGGUGGGGAAGGUGGUGCAUUGUGCCCAGAAGUUCAAAGUCCACUCGGUACUGUUGUGGGAAGCAGGGAUUCAUACAUCAGUAGCUUAUCUGGAAGUUCUGCUAGUGAAAACAACCAAAGCUCACCAACGCCUCUAGAUACUCUUAGUUGCUUUGCCAUGGACAAACGUUGGCUCAACGUUUAUACUGUAUGUUUGGAUCCACUCAAUUCUCCGGAGAUGCCUCAUUUAGCAGAUCCGAACAUGCUAGUUGCCUCACCAAAUUCGAAAAUACCAAGUAAUGGUGAGUGCUCUUCCACGCAAGCUAACCUUGCUGUAAAAGAGGAGCGCAAAGCUAGUUCAAAAAGACAUGCCUGUUCCAAUAAUUAUGGCUUUCUUGGUGAAAAUUUAUCUGGCAUCCACAGUACAAGUAAAUGCCAUAAGGCAGUUGCUGGUCAUGUGACAGAGCAGUUGCAUUCACAUAAAUCGGGAUGCCAAAUUCAAGAAGCAAUGGAAGUCGAAGCUGAUCAUAUGAAGUCAGAAGGAAGUGAUUUUUUCAAGCAUUAUUUUGGCAGUUUAUCAACCACGUGCAAGGUGGACGGAAGUAACCCUUUUGUUCGAAGAAGGUACUCUGCAAAAUAUGUGGUGCGCCAGGACUAUGCUGGAGGAGGCAAGAGCCUGUUUGACACACCUGUUCAAAAUCUUCACAGUAAAAUCUCGACCUACAAGGCAGAAUCUGUCCCGCAUAUUACCUUAGAGGAUCCAAUGACCCAGAAUCCGGAAGAACAGAAAGAGAGAAAAUCUUCUAAACAGGACAUAAAGAACUCAACACAGGGCUUGCUGAUCUCAACUCAUGCUCUCUCACAAGGUGAAUUAACUAACUGCGAUCUCGCAGAAGAUUCUUUAAACAUGAAAUUAACAGAGGCCAUGGAUCAAAAGGAACGCACUCCUGAAGCUGAAGGAAACAAUCUGCAACAAAGACUAACUGCAUGCUGGGAAGCAUUAAUAAAUUUGGACAAUGCAGCUGACAAUGCAGUCCAUUUAUUUUCAGAAUUAGGAACUAUGGUCUCCACAGAAGAAAUAUCAAACAGUCCCGGAGCUAAGUUAUAUGGCGACGCAGGGAAGCUACUUCCAUCAAUCGCCAAUAAGCUCAAUGCAAUUGCUGAACUGGUGCAAUGUGGGAGCCACAUUUCAUGCAAGAGUAGGGUUGAAGUUUCAGGACUGGAACCUUUGUUAGGAACAUUUGCUGAGAGUCUAUCCGAAAGGGUAGUUGAGAUACUGAAGAAGAACCUAACCAAGAGCAAGGAUUAACUUUUUCAUCCUUCAACGUCGCAAAAGUAAAGGUUCUAGACCCCACAACUUGAGGAGAGAGCCCAUGUAAAAGACGAAGGGUUCAAAUUGCGGACCAACUGCCAACUCGGCUCAAAGAAGAGGUGGGCCUGCUAAUGCUUUGUCUGGCCCAUUGACAGCCUCAUUGCCACAAGUUUUGUGAAUCCAUGAUCUUGUUGCACUGGAAUCAGCAAGCCGAGAUCCAUCUAAAAGGAAUGGUGAAAGAUUUUGGAUCUUUCUUGCUUGUACAUUUCAUGUACAUGCUUUUGUGCAUAUUUCAUGGGCCUCAAGACUUUAAAAUAAAAAAAGAAAAAGGGCAAAAGCAAGGAUCAUCUUUACCUUUUUCCUAUCUCUCACCCUUGAGAAUUAGUUCUGCUUGUGAUUUUUCGUGCGAUUUUAAUAUUAAACUACACGACUUGGCCACCUUUCUUGUAAGUUUCAAGGCAUGUCAGUCAAUAAUGUAGCUCUCCUAGCACUAGCGAUAACACUAGCAGAGAUAUGUUGGAAUAUUUGUAAAUCCCUAUGAAGGUAUGCCUGGAAAAUAUGUUCUUGUA